GGAAAACAUUUAAUCAGAACAGCAAACAUUAAAACGACUGAAUUGAAAUUAUUUUUGCACUAAGGACAUUUUUCUAACAAGCCUGACUUCAUGUUUUAAUUUUAAACAUUUUACGGAACUGUUUUCCAGAAAGCGUUGUUUCCAGACGGACCCUGAGCCGCUGUUCAUUUAUUAUUACCCCAGUAUAAGGAUUUUAUUAGUAUUUUGUGUAAUUUCACGCAUUUAAGCCGCAUAUUGAAGUAAUGGCGUCGAAGCGGAAAGCAGAGCUGCUGGUUCCUGCUGAGGAAAGCGACCAGCUGCUCAUCCGGCCUCUAGGCGCAGGCCAGGAAGUUGGCAGAUCUUGUAUCAUCCUGGAGUUCAAAGGCAGGAAAAUUAUGCUGGACUGCGGCAUCCAUCCGGGGUUAGAGGGGAUGGAUGCUCUGCCCUACAUCGACCUGAUUGACCCUGCAGAGAUCGACCUCCUCCUCAUCAGCCAUUUUCACUUGGAUCACUGCGGCGCUCUGCCCUGGUUCCUGCAGAAAACCAGCUUUAAGGGCCGGACAUUCAUGACGCACGCCACCAAGGCCAUCUACCGCUGGCUGCUGUCAGACUACGUCAAAGUCAGUAACAUCUCUGCAGAUGACAUGCUGUACACUGAGACUGACCUGGAGGACAGCAUGGAUAAAAUCGAGACCAUCAACUUCCAUGAGGUGAAGGAAGUGGCCGGGAUCAAGUUCUGGUGCUACCAUGCUGGCCAUGUGCUGGGAGCGGCCAUGUUCAUGAUCGAAAUAGCUGGAGUUAAACUGCUGUACACAGGAGACUUCUCCAGACAGGAAGACAGACAUCUGAUGGCGGCGGAGAUCCCCAGCGUCAAACCUGACAUCUUAAUUAUAGAGUCGACCUACGGGACUCACAUCCAUGAGAAGAGGGAGGAGCGCGAGGCUCGAUUCUGCAACACGGUGCACGACAUCGUCAACCGGGAGGGCCGCUGCCUGAUUCCCGUGUUCGCCCUGGGACGGGCCCAGGAGCUGCUGCUCAUCCUGGAUGAAUACUGGCAGAAUCACCCAGAACUCCACGACAUUCCCAUCUAUUACGCCUCAUCUCUGGCCAAGAAGUGCAUGGCUGUCUACCAGACCUACGUCAACGCAAUGAACGACAAAAUCCGCAAAGCAAUCAACAUCAACAACCCCUUUGUGUUCAAACACAUCAGCAAUCUGAAGAGCAUGGACCACUUUGAUGACAUCGGCCCCAGCGUGGUGAUGGCGUCGCCGGGUAUGAUGCAGAGCGGCCUCUCCAGGGAGCUGUUCGAGAGCUGGUGCACCGAUAAGAGGAACGGCGUCAUCAUCGCUGGAUACUGUGUGGAGGGAACGCUAGCGAAGCACAUCAUGUCUGAGCCGGAGGAGAUCACCACCAUGUCCGGACAGAAGCUGCCGCUCAAGAUGUCAGUGGACUACAUCUCCUUCUCCGCCCACACCGACUACCAGCAGACCAGCGAGUUCAUCCGGGCCCUCAAGCCGCCUCACGUGAUCCUGGUUCACGGGGAGCAGAACGAGAUGGCCCGCCUGAAGGCGGCGCUGAUCCGGGAGUACGAGGAUAACGACCAGGUCCACAUCGAAGUGCACAACCCUCGCAACACAGAGGCCGUCACUCUCAACUUCAGGGGAGAGAAGCUGGCCAAGGUGAUGGGUUCGCUGGCUGAUAAGAAAUGUGCUCAGGGUCAGAGGGUGUCUGGCAUACUCGUGAAGAAGAACUUCAAUUACCACAUCCUGAAUCCAUCCGACCUCUCAACGUACACAGAGCUGGCCAUGAGCACGGUGAAGCAGAACCAGGCCAUCCCGUUCACCGGGCCGUACUCGCUGCUCGUCUGCCACCUGAGGAACCUGACAGGGGACGUGGAGGAGCUGGACGGCACCGAGAAGAAAACGCUGAAGAUCUUUAAAAGCAUCACUCUGGUCCACGAGGUCGGGAUGGUGGUGCUGGAGUGGGUCGCCAAUCCGCUGAACGACAUGUAUGCUGACGCCGUCACCACCGUGGUGCUGGAGGUCCAGUCCAACCCAAAGGCUCAGAAAGUCAUGGAGACGCAGAGCACCACGAUGGACAUGGACGUCUUCCAAACCCGGUUAGAGGUCAUGCUGCAGGACAUGUUUGGAGAGGACUGUGUGGACUUCAGCGAUGGGAAAGUCAUUUCUGUGACGGUGGACGGACAGACGGUCCACAUCAGCUUGGAGACGCGGGCGGUUUACUGCGAGGACGACGUCUCAGAGGACGACUCCCUCAGAGAGAUGGUGGAGUUGGCCGUGCAGCGGCUCUACGACGCCCUGAACCCGGCGCUCUGAGGACCCGGCCCUCUGAGGGACCCGGCCCUCUGAGGACCCGGCCCUCUGAGGGACCCGGCCCUCUGAGGAACCCGGCCUCUGAGGGACCCGGCCCUCUGAGGACCCGGCCUCCUGAUGGGCUGACAGGUCUCCUACCAGAAACUGGAUCUUUCAACAGAGCGACUGUAGAGCAGAAGAAUCAGUUUGAUUUGACAUGUUUUAGUUGAUGUACAAGCACUUUAAGUUAACUGUAUGUGUGUAGAUUUGCUGUAGUUUUUAUUCCAUCCCUACAAAUAUGCACUGAUUUAGUCUAUUGUGUGAACAUAUAACGGCACUAAUGGUGGUUCGUUGCAUGUUGAAACAUUUUUAUUUACAAGUGGAUUAAAAAGUGAAGCUUUAGCCAGAUUCCUGUAGUACAAGGUGCUUUUUAUAAAGUUACAGUCAAAAUGAACAGCAAUAAUUUGGGAUACUUAGCCCCAAAUUAUUUAAAAAGUGGGUGUUAAUUUUUAAGAUUUUUACUGUCAGCAAAUGUCACCAUUUUAAACUAUUUAAGUUGGAACCUAAAUAUUUCGUCAACAAGCUAAAAAAUGAGCUUCAAACUAAAGAUAUGAAAUAAUCCGAUGGACAAAAAAUCAAUUUCUGUCCUUGUACUGAGAAAUUUAAGGAUUUUUAAGUUUUGUAUUUGCAAUUUAAAUAUCCAGAAUUACAAAACUCUUACAGGAUGAAAGGCACAAAAUCGUUUGUACAGAAUCCACCGUCAUGGAGCUGCAGGCGUCGCUGCUGCUGCUGUAUGGAGGGUAUUGGCAAAGUCAAAGGCUCCAGAGCUGAGUGUGGAUUAUUUUUUAAUCUCUGGAACAAUAUAAGCUUCAACAUUUACAGGAAACAUAAAAGGCACUUCCCUUAGAAUGACAACCUGACCUGAUCCUAGGUCACUGGAGUUGUUUAAAAGUGCUGACAAUGCUUUAUCCGUUUCAUAAAUACUUAAUAAAAUUCAUAGGCCUGAGGAAUACAUGACUUUAUGAAAUAAAAUAUCCAGUGGCUGUGAAUCAAAUUCUAAACUUCAUGAGCAAAGAGAGAAAUGAGGAAUCCCAACCACCAAACUUCCCAAAGUUAAAUAGAUUUAAAUAUCCUUUAGGUGAAAAACACAACGUUCCUGAAUCCAGCAUUUUCUCCACCAAUGUGCAAAUUAAUAUCAGGUCAUCUUACAAUGAGAAACGUUUUAUACACUAAAGAAAUGUGGAGAUAAAUUCAUAUGUUCUUACAUUAUCAUUGUCUUAAAAUUCCAUCAACUGCCCAAUACCUUUGUUGUUUUGUAUUUGUGAAAGAUAAACUUGGUGCAAAAUUG